AUGAAUAAUCACAAUGAAAGUACUAGUUUACGUCCACAAGAGAUGGUACGUCAACCAAUUGGAUAUGUAGAUAGGUACAAAGUCGUCAAGAAGCUGUUUGGGUUGUUCAAAAAAUAUAUGCCAUCAAAUUCUAGUGGGUUGGAGGCUUUAUCUGUUCAAAUAGAAGGGUUUAUUGCAAAAUCAUCAGUUACAAGUCAAAGUUAUAGAUUUAAUGCUAGUAUUGUUCUUCGUGACUUAUUGAAGAGCAAGUGUGAUUUAUCCAAGAUAAAGGUUAGUAACAAAACUCUUCAUGGUAUUGUAAAUGAGAAAUUUCUUUCGUCAAGUUUAGUCAAGCAGGAUAUUUUAAUUACUAAGGAAGAAGUUGUUUUAAAAUUGAAUGAAUUAUUACACGAUGUUACAGAAUUGGAAAAAAAUGGUUAUAUAAUUGAUCAUAUUGCAAAACAUGACAGUGAGAUAUCUGAUUUUAUUUCUUGCACUCGUUGCAAUACUAAAUUCUCUAAGAAAAAUAUAAUGGAAUCAACAGUUUGUAAAUAUCAUCCAUUAAAAAGAGUAUUUUCAAAAACUGGUAGUAACCAAUAUCCAUGUUGUGGAGAAACGACUGAUUCCACUUCAAACCUUAGAUUAGGAUGUAAACAAAGUACAAAUCAUGUAUAUAGAGGUGAAGGUAUUAAUGAGCUUAGUCGAAUUACAAAAUUCGUUAAUACACGUAAUAUCGAUGGUCAUAAUAAUGUGCUUGCAUUAGAUUGUGAAAUGGCGUUUACAUCACUGGGUUAUGAAAUGAUUAGGUUGACAAUUGUAGAUUUUUUUUCUUUGCAAACUUUGUUUGACGAAAUUAUUCAACCAAUAGGUGAUAUUAUAGAUUUAAACACACAAUUCAGUGGUGUUCAUGGAAUCGACAGGAAUACUGCUCUGACAUAUCAAGCUGCAAUCGGAAGAGUUUUAUGCAAUCAACUUAUUAACAAAAACAGUAUCCUUAUUGGUCACGGUUUAGAGAACGAUUUGAACGUCCUAAGAAUUGUACAUCAUAAAGUCAUUGACACUGCUAUUAUAUAUUCAAAGGGUAAAUUCAAGCCUUCCUUGAAAAAUCUCGUUUUUGAACAUAUCGAUAGAAAAAUCCAAACAGGUGAACAUGAUAGUUCUGAAGAUGCUAUUGGUUCGAUGGACGUAAUAAAGAAGAAAUUAGGCAUACCUCUCAAUAAAAAAAAUUGGUAA